AUGGAGAUCCUUGACGUGGUAGUUGUUGGAGCAGGUUGGGCUGGGCUGGCUGCGGCUAAGACUCGCCAUCAGUUACACCCCGAAGAAUCUCUGGCGGUCUUCGACUCAGCUGCUACACUUGGCGGCACUUGGGCGAAACAUCGCCUUUAUACAGGCCUGAAAACCAACAACAUGUUGGGUACUUAUCAGUACCCUGAUUUCCCCAUGGACACGGAAACUUAUGGUGUCAAGCCUGGUCAGCACAUUCCUGGCCAGAUAGUGCACAGAUGCCUGGAGGCCUAUGCUCGACACUUUGAUAUAUAUGACAAGAUCCGAUUUGGUCACAAAUGA